UGCGCCCCUUCCUCCCCCUUGGCGCUGGAGGCCCGUCUUCUCAGCCCAGCUUCCCGCCUGCCCCCUUUGUUUGAAGCUCUAGUAAGGGGGUGGUGACUGUGGGGGGCAGGCUUCCAUGCGACCUUCAGCCCCUUUUACUAGGGGAGAGUGUCCCUUACUCCAGCAGUCUGCUGCCUGCAAACAGGGAGUCUUCGCCCAGUCACUCUUGCCUGGAGGAGGAAGCCAGGUAGUGACUUCUGGGGAGUAAAAUGGCAGUCCAGCUGCUGCAGAUGUCAUAUCUCCUACUGAGUCUGUUCUUCCUGCCUCAAGAUGCCCAUGGUGGCAGCCCCCGAGAAGACUUCCGUUUCUGUGGCCAGCGGAACCAGACACGGCGGAGCCUCCUCCAUUACGACCAAAUUUCGGAGCUGCACAUCUCUGUGUGGAACACGGAGGAGGCCCUCACAAUUCGCGCCCCCUUCCCUACAGUACCUGAGGCCUCCCAUUACUUCCCAGAACCCAGAGGGCUCUAUCACUUCUGCCUGUACUGGAGCCGCCACACCGGGAGGUUCCACUUGCGCUAUGGCAAGAAUGAUUACUUGCUGAGUAGCCGAGCCUCCAGCCUCCUGUGCUUCCGGAAACAGGAGCAGAGCCUGAAGCAGGGAGCCCCGCUCCUUGCCACCUCCGUCACCUCCUGGCGGAGCCCCCAGAACACCAGCCUGCCGGAGGCUGCCAGCUUCGUCUUCUCUUUCCACAAUGCUCCACAGAAGGUCUCCCACAAUGCUUCUGUGGAUGUGUGCGAUCUGAAGAAGGAAUUGCAGCUGCUCAACAAGUUCCUACAGCAUCCUCAAAAGGCCCCCAGGCGGCCCUCGGCAGCAUUCAUCAGCCAGCAGUUACAGAACCUGGAGUCAAAGCUGACUUCUGUGAACUUCCUGGGAGACACCGUAUCUUUUGAGGAGGAUCUGGUCAAUGCCACAGUGUGGAAGCUGCCACCCACAGCCGGGCUAGAGGAUCUGCAAAUCCACUCCCAGCAGGAGGAGGAACAGAGUGAGAUCCAGGCAUACUCUGUGCUGCUGCCCCGGGCCCUUUUCCAGCAGACCAGAGGCCGUCGCCGGGAUGCCGCCAAUAGGCUCCUGGUAGUGGACUUCAGCAGCCAAGCCUUGUUCCAGGACAAGAAUUCCAGCCAAGUCUUGGGUGAAAAGGUUUUGGGUAUUGUUGUGCAGAACACCAAAGUUAGCAACCUCUCGGAGCCUGUGGUACUCACCUUCCAGCACCAGCCACAGCCGAAGAAUGUGACUCUACAGUGUGUGUUCUGGGUUGACGACCCGACAUCAAGCAGCCCUGGGAGCUGGAGCACUGCGGGCUGUGAGACUAUCCGCAGAGACACACAGACAUCCUGCCUGUGCAGCCAUCUGACCUACUUUGCAGUCUUGAUGGUGUCGUCUAUGGAGGUAGAAGCCAUUCACAAGCACUACCUGACGCUCCUGUCCUAUGUGGGCUGUGUCAUCUCUGCCCUGGCUUGUGUCUUCACCAUUGCUGCCUACCUCUGCUCCAGGAGGAAGUCACGUGACUACACCAUUAAAGUGCACAUGAACCUGUUGCUGGCUGUCUUCCUGCUGGACGUGAGCUUUCUGCUCAGUGAACCCGUGGCACUGGCAGGCUCUGAAGCAGCCUGUCGUACCAGUGCCAUCUUCCUGCACUUCUCCCUGCUUGCCUGUCUCUCCUGGAUGGGCCUCGAGGGCUACAAUCUCUACCGCCUGGUGGUAGAGGUCUUCAGCACCUACGUCCCUGGCUACCUGCUCAAGCUGAGCAUCGUGGGCUGGGGUUUUCCUGUCUUCCUGGUUACUCUGGUGGCGCUGGUUGAUGUGGAUAACUAUGGCCCCAUCAUCCUGGCUGUGCGCCAGACUCCAGAACAUGUCAUCUACCCCUCUAUGUGCUGGAUCCGGGACUCUCUGGUUAGCUAUGUCACUAACCUGGGCCUCUUCAGCCUGGUGUUCCUGUUCAACAUGGCCAUGCUGGCCACCAUGGUGGUGCAGAUCCUGAGGCUUCGCCCACACAGUCAGAAGUGGCCCCACGUGCUGACACUGCUGGGUCUCAGCCUGGUCCUUGGCCUUCCCUGGGCCUUGGUCUUCUUUUCCUUUGCUUCUGGUACCUUCCAGCUUGUCAUCCUGUACCUCUUCAGCAUCAUAACUUCCUUCCAAGGCUUCCUCAUCUUCCUGUGGUACUGGUCCAUGCGGUUUCAGGCCCAAGGUGGUCCCUCCCCUCUGAAGAGCAACUCGGACAUCGUCAAGCUCCCCAUCAGCUCUGGCAGCACCUCUUCCAGCCGCAUCUAGGCCACCGGCACACCUCCUCAUGGGAGGACACACGCAUGGCAUCUGCUCACAUUGUCUGUGGCUCAGUGCUGUGCCCAGCCUUGGUUGGUUAGUGGCAUACUAGAGAAGGCACUGGUCCUUGGAGGGAUAGGACUAUUGCUCUGAUAGGUAGAUUCCUAGCUGGCCUUGGGGACUACUCCACUUCCAGAUCUGGUCCCCGAAGCACACUGUCAUGCUGGCUGUGGGAAUGUUCUCACAGCUGCUUCAGGCUGGAGCUGAGGUCUUGUCUUACUGGUCACCUCUGGGCUUAGCUGUUGCUGCUGGGUGUUAAGACUUGCAGACCCAAGCCAGGGUCAGGGUUAGAUCUUGGAGGCUGACACAUCCUGAACUGUUGUUCCAAGUUGCCUUGGCUCAUGCCGCUCUGUCCCUGUGGUCACCAUGCAGCGCUCUGCCUGUCUCUGACUUUUGGUCCCAAGGGUGGCACUGAGGGUGGAUGGGCUUGGAGAAACUUUGAAGCCACAACACCUGAAGAGGUGAGCCUCCCCACACCUGCCUGUAGGCCCUCCUCUUCCUCCCCCACUCUCCUCCUCCUCUUUAGUCCCCUAGCCUUCCACCUGCACCUUGGGGUCCUAGGCCAGUGCUGCGGUUUGAGGUAGCGGUUCUAGGAGCUGGUGCCUGCUAUAAACUUCUAUCUUGCCACCUCUGGCUCAGAGCAUGCUCCUGGGCUAGAACAGGCCAACCUGUCUGAGCCCAUCUCCAAGCUGCUUCCCCUCGGCUCACACCUCAGAGGGGCUUCCACCUCUCCUGAAGCCUCCCUCCAGCAUGAACUGUGGGAAAUGGCACUUUUUUCAGCCCAACAUUCUGAAGACCAAGACGGCCCUCUCUGGUGACACUGGCAGAGCUUGAUGUUCUUGUGAGGGGUGAUCUUCAAAUCACUGCAGAUGGCCCAGGCCUAGCGUGAUUUCUGUCCUACUAACACACAUUGGUUUUAACACAUUGGUGGUAGGAACACAACCGACCAGACCUGGCAGUGGCCCUUGAACACUUCCACAAUGUCCUGGAGCUUCAGUUACAGGAAUGAGGAGCCACUGCUGUUGGCUGGGAAUCCAGGAGGACUUCCUUCAGGAGGUAGCAUUUCAUCUUGACCUCGGUCUUCAAGUUGGGGAGGAUGUUCUUUUUAAAUACCAAUUCAUUUGUCUUUUGAUAUUAAAGCUCUUUGUAGAGAGUUUGGAAACUGUAGGAGAUUGCUGAGAAGAAAAAUAAAAAUCAGCUGUUAUCUGA